AUGUGGGUCGACAGUGGAGAACUGCUGCGUUUUGCGCUCUGUUUGACCGCUACUCUAGCGUCUUUAGUGUUCGGCUCAGAGCAAGGCGUUGUCAUCAGCAAGCCGCUCAAGGACGCCAAGCUUGCUGACGAUCUAUUGUAUCCGCUCACGAUCAUCCAUCUGAACGACUUCCACGCCCGUUUCGACGAAACAAACACGGUAUCGACGCGUUGCAAACCAGACGAAGGUGAACAAUGCAUUGGUGGAUACGCACGGGUAGUGUCCCGCAUCAAGUCCUUGCAGCAGGAGUACGCAGAUCGAAACCCAAUCUACCUGAAUGCAGGUGACAACUUCCAGGGAACGCUUUGGUACACGCUACUCCGGUGGAACGUGACAUCUUACUUCCUAAACCUGCUGCCAGCAGACGCCAUGACACUCGGAAAUCAUGAGUUCGAUCAAGGGAUCGCAGGUUUGGUACCGUUCCUGGACACGAUCGCUAGCCCCAUGGUGUUGGCGAACAUCGACGAUCGAGACGAACCGACACUGCAAGGAAAGUACAGCAAGAGUGUCGUGUUGGAGCGUAAUGGUCGCAAGAUUGGCAUUAUCGGCGUUAUUCACCACGCUACGAACACGCUCAGUAUGACGGAACGAUUGCGCUUUCUGGACGAAGUUGAGAGCGUUAAUCAGGAGGCAUCCACAUUGAAGCAGUUAGGCGUUGACAUCAUUGUGGUGCUGUCGCACUGCGGGUUUACUGAGGACCGGCGCAUUGCUCGCGAAUGUCCGGACGUGGACGUGGUGGUCGGUGGCCAUUCCCAUACGUUACUGCACACCGGUGAUGCGAGUGACUUCCCUGACGUACCAACGGACAAUUAUCCGUUCGUCGUGGAGCAGCCAACUGGUCGUCGGGUGCUGAUCGUUCAGGCAGGCUCCUUCACCAAGUAUCUCGGCCAUCUGGUGGUGUACUUUGACGAGAAUGGUGAAGCCAUGCGGUGGGAAGGUAACACCGACUACUUGGACGCGAAGAUCCUGCCGGACGCCAACAUCGAGCAGGAACUCGCGCCCUGGCGUGCACUUGUUGAUGAGCUAGCCGUGCGUCCGGUUGGCACCUCGAUGGUGUUCCUCUCGAAGCCAGCCUGUCGUACGGGAGAGUGCAAUUUUGGCAGCUUUGUGGCGGAUGCCUUCGUCGACUUCUAUGUUGGACAAGGCGAAAGUGAGCUCGAGUGGACGUACGCCGCCAUCGGUAUCACCAACGACGGUGGGUUGCGUACUUCGCUUAACGCUGGUACGCUUAGGUAUGAGGACUUAGUGGCAGCCAUUCCGUACGAGAACACGAUCGAUACGUUCGAUUUGAGGGGUCAAUAUCUGCUCGAGGCGCUGGAGUACAGUGCAAGUCGGUACAACACCGCCGACGUGCUGCAGUUCUCUGGUCUUCGUGUUGUCUUCAACCUUACGCAGCCAGUUUUGCAGCGCGUACAGCACGCUGAAGUUCGCUGCAGGAUGUGUCGAGUUCCGCGCUAUGAACCUCUGGAUCCGAACGCUAUCUAUCGGAUCGCGAUAGCUGCAUGGAUCGGAAGCGGUGGCAACGGAUACGCGAUGUUUAGCCAGUACAGGACGAACGUGAAAGUUGGGCCGCUAGAUAUCGAUGUGUUUGAACGCUAUGUGACCAAGAUGUCCCCCAUCAUUCAGGGCACUGACGGUCGCAUGACGUUCGUCACGUAA